AUUGUGUCGAAGAAUGCUAUGCAGUACCGUGGGAAUGCCCAGCACGAUGCGCAGGAGUUCCUGCUUUGGCUACUAGACAGAGUCCAUGAAGAUCUGAACAAUGUAGUGAAUUACAGUGGCAUGCCUCCACUCAAGCCACCGCUGGAGGAUGAUGUGCUGCUCGAGGGACCAGCCUUUCCAAUCAGUAGUACUUUUGUGCAGGAACUCUUUCAAGCCCAGUACAGGUCCUCUCUGACAUGCCCUCAUUGCCAGAAGCAGAGUAACACCUUUGACCCUUUUCUUUGCAUCUCUCUGCCGAUUCCUUUGCCUCAUACACGGCCGCUCUACAUCACCGUGGUGUACCAGGGGAAGUGCUCUCACUGCAUGCGGAUCGGGGUGGCAGUGCCCAUCUCUGGAACAGUGGCCAGGCUGCGGGAGGCUGUCUCCUCAGAGACCAAGAUACCCACGGAGCAGAUUGUGCUGACGGAGAUGUACUAUGAUGGGUUUCAUCGUUCCUUCUGCGAUACUGAUGACCUGGACACCAUUCAUGAAAGCGACUGCAUUUUUGCCUUUGAGACCCCAGAGAUAUUUAGGCCUGAGGGUAUCCUUAGUCAGAGAGGAAUACAUGUGAACAAUAACUUGAAUAACUUGAAAUGUGGCACUGAGCACUCCCGAACAAUAUCUUACUCGCAAGGAACAGUGAAGUCUGGAAAACUGGAACAGUCCUCUACUAAACCAGCAGCAAAUGAGAAGAUUGUUUUGCUGGUGUGUAACAGAGCGUGCACUGGACAGCAGAGCAAAAGGUUUGGCUUGCCCUUUGUGUUGCAUUUGGAAAAAACAAUUGCUUGGGAUAUUCUGCAGAAGGAAAUUCUGGAGAAGAUGCAGUAUUUCCUGCGGCCUGCAGCCUGCAUGCAGGUUUGCCCAUUCAGCUUGCGAGUGGUCAGUGUUGUGGGCAUAACGUACUUGCUACCUCAGGAGGAGCGACCCCUCUGCCAUCCAACAGUGGAAAGGGCAUUGAAGUCAUGUGGACAGGGGGGAACUGCUCAUGUGAAAUUAGUGGUAGAAUGGGACAAAGAAACUAAAGAUUACUUGUUUGUGAAUACGGAAGAGGAGUAUAUUCCAGACUCCGAAAGCGUCCGCCAGCAGAGAGAGCUUCAUCAUCAACCUCAGACCUGCACUUUAUCUCAGUGUUUCCAACUGUACACCAAAGAGGAACAGCUUGCCCCAGAUGAUGCAUGGCGAUGCCCGCACUGCAAGCAGCUGCAGCAGGGUAGCAUCACACUGAGCCUCUGGACCUUACCUGAUGUUCUCAUCAUACAUCUCAAAAGGUUUAGACAGGAAGGAGACCGAAGGAUGAAACUUCAAAACAUGGUUAAAUUCCCCCUGAGUGGCUUGGACAUGACUCCUCAUGUUGUGAAACGCAGUCAGAGCAGCUGGAGUCUGCCGUCUCACUGGUCACCCUGGAGGAGACCUUAUGGUCUCGGAAGGGAUCCUGAGGACUAUAUCUAUGACCUGUAUGCUGUCUGCAAUCAUCAUGGCACCAUGCAAGGGGGACACUAUACAGCGUAUUGCAAAAACUCAGUUGAUGGCCAGUGGUACUGCUUUGAUGACAGUGAUGUUCAGCAGCUUUCUGAAAACGAAGUCUGCAAGCAGACAGCUUAUAUUCUUUUCUACCAGAGACGCACAGCAAUCCCAUCAUGGUCUGCUAACAGCUCUGUGGCAGGCUCCACAAGCUCCUCACUCUGUGAGCACUGGGUCAGCCGUCUUCCUGGUAGCAAGCAGCCCAGCAUUGCUUCGGCAGCAUCAUCGCGGCGCACGUCUCUGGCUUCGCUCUCAGAAUCGGUAGAGCUGACUGGGGAAAGGAGUGAAGAUGAUGGAGGAUUUUCAACUCGUCCCUUUGUAAGGAGUGUCCAGCGUCAGAGCUUGUCAUCUAGAUCUUCUGUCACCAGCCCACUGGCAGUGAGUGAAAAUGGCGUCAGGCCCUCGUGGUCGCUUUCUGCAAAACUGCAGUUGCGCUCCAACUCUCCGUCACGCUUCUCUGGAGAUUCCCCUGUACAUACCUCUGCUUCCACUCUGGAGAAGAUCGGGGAGGCUGCUGAUGAUAAAGUCUCCACCUCUUGCUUCGGCAGCCUGAGGAAUCUCUCUAGCAGCUACUUGGAGCCCUGUGAUGGCAGUCGGCGAGAGCACAGGACGGCUCGCAGAGCCCCCUUGGCUGUCAUGGAAGGGGCAUUCAGGGAAGAGUCUGUUGUAAGGACAUCUAGUUCAGAUCUUUCAGAUGGGUAUGGUAAAAGCUCUGUGCAGCCAGACAGGAAUCACCCUGCUUUGGACCCUUUUGAUAACAACAAUCAAAUCGCCUUUGUUGAUCAGAGUGAUUCUGUGGAUAGCUCUCCGGUCAAGGAGGUGAAAGCCCCCAGUGGGACAGGGCUGGCUGCAGAGAAGGCAGAUGGCACCCCUAAGAAGGUUCACAGCUCCAAGGGAGUUUCUGAGCCAGACAAAAGUUUAAGGAAGGGAAGGACAGUCUUAUCUACCCAAGAGACCAAAGUCUCUCACUCUUCUCCUCCUCCACUAAAGAGUUCCCAGAAAGUUUCCCGGUCUAGAAGUAAGACGGACUCCUCUAGGGCCAGUGGGCGACAUGGGUCUCCUGCUCCUGCUCAGGCUAGGAAGGACCAUAGCACGAAGCCCCUUGAGGUGGCUGUCCCAUCGGCUCAACAGAAGCAAAAGUCAGGUUCUUCUCCAUCUUCCACAGCUGCCAAGAAAACCCCAUCAGGCUCAUUGACUAAGGGCUCUUCUAGUGGGAAGAGCCGGACUUCAGACCGAAGCCUCAGCAGGGAGGGCUCUAAGAUAAGUCUGGGGUCAGAUAAAACGAGCGUUACCAGCAGUUCAAGAACGAGCUCCCCGCGAAUAAGUCACUCUAGGAGUGACAGCAGGGCAGUAGACAGCAAGCAUGUGCGGAGUUCCUCUAUGGCCAACCUGCGGUCUCCAAAUGUUGGUGUGCGUUCUGGUUUGAAGAGGGACAGCAAGUCAGAAGAGAAAGGAUUGUCUUUCUUUAAAUCAGCCUUAAGGCAGAAGGAGACCCGGAGGUCCGCAGACCUGGGGAAGACAACAAUGCUCUCAAAAAAGACAGCGAGUGGCAGUUCCAAGUCAGGCAGUAAAAAUGUGCUGGAAGACAAAUCGGAGAAAGGUGUUGUCCCACCAGCCUCUCAAACCAAUGCCAACAUUACCGCAAAAGAAAAACUUGUCCCAAAAGAUGCCACACCCAACAAACAUUCUCUGCUAUCCAGUCGCAAGUCCAAGUCUUCCCAGCUAGAUCCCGGAGUCCAGUCUCCUCCUUCCAGUGGCAAGCAGUCUGCUGAAAAGCCGCUGAAAAAAUUACCUUCCAGCAUGCAGGUGUCUGUACGGCCUUCUCUGGAACCUCAGUGA